GAGAAACUCUUCGAAGCCUCAGGACACCACUACUGCCACUCUGCAUCCACAAGAGACUAAGAUUCAAAAGCCACAAAUACAGGCCGUGCCCUAUUCCACAUACCCUACACUUCCGGGCCUCCACCCUCUUCCCGUCCCUCCCUCCCUCUGUAGUGAGUCAUGAAGUGGUCCCUGUGGAGCCUACUGCUGCUGGUGGUGUGUCUGUGUUCCCCAGGACGAAGUGACUGCCAGGGUGACUGCCUGGCCUGUGGUCUCCUACUACCCCUACCCAACCCCCAGACCCAGCAGCAAACAUUCAACACACUGGUGUGUCUGUUGGAGUGUGAGGGUCACGUCUCUACUGCCCUCACCUGGGAGCUGUGUCAGCGAGCCAUCCUACCGCACUACCUCCUCCCACCAGAUGGUGGUGCUGUGUCUAAGAGAGCAGCAGAGGAGCUGAACCUGGGCCCUGUACGCCUGGAGUCGGAUGGACAACUCCUCUACUCUGCAGCCAUGGAGCACUACCAGCAGGACAGAGAAGACCAGGAAGACAGGGCCCUGGAGCAACGUGAUGCCCAGUACGACUCCUCCCCACUGGGCUCGACCGAGGAGGAAGACUCCCUGGCUCUGGAAAACAGGGAGGAGAAGAAGGAAGAAGAGGACAGGAGGAGCAGUCAGGGGGACGGAGAAGAUGAGGAAGAGGAGGCCACGGUCCAGCUGACCAAGCGUUUCGGGGGCUUCCUGAAAGGUCACCACGGUUAUAGGAAGUUGAUUGGCGGGCCGGUGGGGCGGCCACUGCAGAAACGCCUAGGAGGGUUCAUCGGGAUCAGGAAGUCGGCCAGGAAGUGGAACAACCAGAAGAGGGUGAGCCAGCUCCUCCGGCAGUACCUGGGGAUGACCAGCAGCAGCAUCCCUGGCCGCGGUGUUGGUCGGUUCAAUAACCCAGGCCAGGGAUUCAGGAGGCUACCCAGCCGGCUGUAGCCUCCCUUUCCCUCUACAACCCCCUAGGGGAGUAGAAUUCUCUUCUCCCCUUCCCUCCACAACCCCCUGGGGGAGUAGAAUUCUCUUCUCCCCUUCCCUCCACA